AUGCUGGACGUCCACAACCCCCCGCCGUCCACCGACACCAAAACGCGCACCACCCACGCCCGCCUCCCGCCGUUCAUCGACCCCCACGCCCCCCCGCGCCGCAAAUACCCCUUCGCCGCCUUCGCCGCCACGCCCUCCCUCCACACCCUCGACCUCAUCCUGCCCGCUCCCACCUGGCGCCUCGUGCGCCCCGCCCUGGAGUCCCACGCCCGCGUGUACGCCCGCGCCACCCUCAGCCUAUCCGACAUCCUCGACCCCGCCUUCCUCGACGCGUACAUCCGGCCCGCGCACACGACGCUGCUCAGCACCAGCCGCGCGGGGGACACCGUGUUCGCCGUCGCCGCGGGCCAGCUGCGGCUCGAGCUGCCGGCGGCGCUGUACGAGCGCGCGGGCCUGCAGGGCGCGCCGGUCGCGGAUGGCGGCGCCAAGCAUGCGCGUGCCCGCUGGGAGGUACGGUGCGAUCUCACCGCGGCCAGCAUGCGGGCGGGGAAGAAGGGGUUUGAGCGACUGCGGUGGGCGGCGAGGGAGGUGCUGGGCGAGCGUAGGGUGUGGUUGUUUAGCCACGCGGACCGGGGGUGGGGGGAGCGGAUGACUGAAGGCGGAGAGGUGCUGGGUGUGCAUGCGCCUGCUGUUGUUGCGCUGGCGCCGCGGGUGGAGGCCUUGGACGGUGUUGAGGGGCCGGUGCUGCGCGGUGUGGAGGCGUGGGGGCGCGAGGAGAAGCUGGAGUUGCUGGAGUGGCUGGACAUGCUUAGCCUGGGGUCGGCGAGGGUGCGGGGUGGCGGCGCUGUCGACAGCCACCUGUGUCGCUACGAGGUUCCUGAUUUCGGCCACGGCGUUGAGACGAGCGAGUUGGUGCGUGUGCGGUGGAGCGGGUUCAUCACGCCAGUGGUUGUGGAGGAGGUGUUUCUGGAGGUGUGGAAGGCGGGGUUCGUGUCGAAGGGUGGCAAGGGAGGUGCAGAUGCAGAUGCAGACGUGACCAUGGAGAGCACGCAGGACAGUGCGGGCGCGGGUCCGUGGUUCGCAAUGAGCGCGCAGGCAUUCGGCGAGACGAAGGCGUGGUCACUUAUGCAGUUCGCGAACCGCGAGACGCUGGUGUGGGAGGUGGAGCGUUGA